UUAGCGACUGGCUCGCACGAGCGGCGCUCAGUUCUUUGAGGGUAGUUAGUUGGACAACGGCGUUGCCGAAAACGGGCCACCUCAGCUGCCGCACAAUACAUUUUUGGUGCAAGCAGCUAGCCGACCGGAACCGGAAAUGCCCAUUGAGCCGCCUGACAACAAACACAAACACAAUCACAUUCGCAGUCACCAGCACCAUUGCAUUGGCAACGGCCAUAAGGACGAGCAACAAAUCGCCCACACACACAUGUAGUUGCAGCGCGAGUGCGUCAGUGUGUGCGGGCUCUGAAAACCGGAAGUCGAGGAGCAGGAGUCGGAGCAGGAGCAGGAGCAGCAGCUAGCUUAGCCAGUUUUUCAUUCGCCCGCAGUUCGUUAAGGAAAAUCAUUCAAAAUUCAUCGCCUAAGCAAAGCGGAUGCCGCACAAGAAAGAGAGAAAGCGUGAUAAGGUGGCGAAUAGAUCAAUCAAUUAAUCAAUCAAAACCGAGCAUAUCAACCGAGAGGCCAAUACCAAUACCCGAACCAACCAGAGAACCGAAAUCAAAGUUCAACGUUGCAUUUAAGGUUGCAGCCGGUAGCCCAGUUCAACUCCAACUGCAACCACCGGUUCCACGUACCACGUACCACGUACCACAUUCCACUUGCACCCCGUGUGUGAUUGCAUGCCGCGGAUGAGCCGCGGAUUAUGUCACGUGACGAUUAUAAUCCAGUAACUAGCUCUGGUGUGCGCAGUCCGGGUCGCGUGCGGCGUCUCCAGGAAUUGCCGACGGUCGAUCGAUCCCCAUCCCGGGACUACGGAGCGCCACGCGGAAGUCCUCUAGCAAUGGGCAGUCCAUACUACCGCGACAUGGAUGAGCCAACCAGUCCGGCCGGAGCGGGUCACCAUCGCAGCCGGAGCGCCAGCAGACCACCGAUGGCCCAUGCCAUGGACUAUCCAAGAACCCGCUACCAGUCGCUGGAUCGCGGCGGACUCGUGGAUCCCCACGAUCGCGAGUUCAUACCCAUUCGGGAGCCCCGCGACCGCUCCAGGGACAGAUCCCUCGAGCGGGGCCUGUACCUAGAGGACGAGCUCUAUGGCAGAUCAGCGCGCCAGAGCCCCAGCGCCAUGGGUGGUUACAAUACGGGCAUGGGCCCCACAUCGGAUCGAGCUUAUUUGGGCGACCUGCAGCACCAGAACACCGACCUGCAGCGGGAGCUGGGCAACCUGAAGCGGGAGCUGGAGCUGACCAACCAGAAGCUGGGCAGCUCGAUGCACAGCAUCAAGACCUUCUGGUCGCCGGAGCUCAAGAAGGAGCGGGCACUGCGCAAGGAGGAGAGCGCCAAGUACAGUCUGAUCAACGAUCAGUUGAAGCUGCUCAGCACGGAGAACCAGAAACAAGCCAUGCUGGUGCGCCAGCUGGAGGAGGAGCUGCGCCUGCGGAUGCGACAGCCCAACUUGGAGAUGCAGCAGCAGAUGGAGGCGAUCUACGCGGAGAACGACCACCUGCAGCGGGAGAUCAGCAUCCUGCGCGAGACGAUCAAGGAUCUCGAGUGCCGGGUGGAGACCCAGAAGCAAACACUGAUUGCCCGCGACGAGAGCAUCAAGAAGCUGCUGGAAAUGCUGCAGGCCAAGGGAAUGGGCAAGGAGGAGGAGCGCCAGAUGUUCCAGCAGAUGCAGGCGAUGGCCCAGAAGCAGAUGUACAAUAACUACACGGGCGCCAGCGGAAGCAGUCCUCCAUUGCCGGACAUUAUUGGCCAGUACUACGGGCCGGGAAGUCUGGGUGCGGGCCCCCUGUCCUACGGCUCGGGCAAUGGUUACGGCCCGCCUGGUUACGAUUUGUACGGCCCCUCGACCUCGACGGCAGCCGGCGGAUACGGACUGUACGAACCCCAGGUCUACGGACCGUGCCAGCAGACCUCGCCUAUACGGAGAAGGCGCUACAGCAUUGCCGGCCUGCCGUCGGCCACCAUGUACAAUGAUGUCUACGGGUAUCCGGCACCACCGCUGCAGCAGACCAGCUCCUCGAACAUUGUGAAUCUGUUGAACGAGGCACACAAGUCGAUAUCGCGCAGCUCGCAGAUACUGAAUCUCACGAACCAGGCCCGUCAAUUGGGUCAGCUGGUGACCACGCCACUGGGCGGAGGCGUAGGCGUAGGCGUAGGCGGAGGCGGAGUGGGCAUGGGCCUGGGUCGAGUGGUGUCCAGCUACCCCACCCUGCAUCCGGGCGACACAUCGCCGCCGUACCUCAACGAUAACCUUAUGCAGAUGUCCACGAGCUUCUCCUCGCAGCCGAACAUGUACUUCCAGCCGCAGGCGCAGGUGCUGCCCACCCAGCUGACGGCGGCCCAGAGUGCCGCUGCAGCGGCUGCCCGACUGCGUCCGGCCUAUUCCGUAACGAAUCUGGUGUCCAGCUACCCGACCACGACAGCGGCGGGCUAUGGCUGCAAGUACGGGGGCUACGGGAGUCCGUACCAGAGCGAUCUGGGCUACGGCAAUCCCCUGGCACCCUUCCAGCAGCGCCAGCUGAUGGCCCACCAGUCGCUGCACGCCUCCAAUCCCGCCAUUUCGCAGUACUACCAGAACCAGGGAGCCGCAUCCGGAACGGGAGCCUCGGCGGCCGCCCUGGCCUACAACCUGCAGCAGCAGUUCGCGGGCACGCAGCACUAUGGCGGCGGAUCGCAGGGACCGCCGCUGGGACACUCGCACAUCCAGGCGUCGGUGCAGCAGCAGAUGCAUCCGCAGUACCAGUACCAUGUGCACCAGCAUCAGAAUCAUCUGCAGACGCAUCCGCUGGCGGCGCUGGCCAACACAAGCGGUCCGUUUGGCGGAACGCUGGCCAGCAGUGCCAGGGACUAUGUGGAUGGACUGCAUCAUGCGGCCCACUCGCACACGCAUUCGCAUUCGCAUCCGCACCACUCCUCGCAUCAUUCGCAUCACACGGCAUACCCGCACUCGCAUUCGCACCAUCAGCAGCAGCAGCCGCAUCCGCAUCCGCAUCAAGCCCACCAUCACCACCAUCUGCCAUACUCGAAACUAGACUUAGAUUACCCGAAACUGCCGCAAGAGCAUAAGCGACAACUGGACGAAUUCCGUCUUGAAAUACAGAGAAGGGAUCAAGAGAUCCUGGCGAUGGCGGCCAAAAUGAAAACCCUCGAGGAGCAGCAUCAGGACUACCAGCGGCACAUAGCGGUGCUCAAGGAGUCGCUAUGUGCCAAAGAGGAGCACUACAACAUGCUGCAGACCGAUGUCGAGGAGAUGCGCGCCCGGCUCGAGGAGAAGAACCGCCUCAUCGAGAAGAAGACCCAGGGCACCCUGCAGACGGUCCAGGAGCGCAACCGCCUCACCAGCGAGCUCACCGAGCUCAAGGACCACAUGGACAUCAAGGACCGCAAGAUCAGCGUGCUGCAGCGCAAGAUUGAAAACCUCGAGGAUCUGCUGAAGGAGAAGGACAACCAGGUGGACAUGGCGCGAGCCCGUCUGUCGGCCAUGCAGGCGCACCACAGCAGCUCCGAGGGCGCCCUGACCAGCCUGGAGGAGGCCAUCGGCGACAAGGAGAAGCAGAUGGCCCAGCUGCGGGAUCAGCGGGACCGGGCCGAGCACGAGAAGCAGGAGGAGCGGGAUCUCCACGAGCGCGAGGUGGCUGACUACAAGAUCAAGCUGCGGGCCGCCGAGAGCGAGGUGGAGAAGCUGCAGACUCGCCUGGAGCGGGCGGUCACCGAGCGGGAGCGGCUGGAGAUCAAGCUGGAGGCCUCGCAGAGCGAACUGGGCAAGUCGAAGGCUGAGCUGGAGAAGGCCACCUGUGAGAUGGGCAGGAGCAGCGCCGACUGGGAGUCCACCAAGCAGAGGAUCGCCCGCCUGGAGCUGGAGAACGAGCGGCUGAAACACGAUCUGGAGCGUUCGCAGAUGCAGCUAGAAGAACAGACCACACUACACAAAACAACCUUUGGCAGGACCACGAUGACCACGUCCCAGGAGCUGGAUCGAGCCCAGGAGCGGGCCGACAAGGCCUCAGCCGAGCUGCGACGCACCCAGGCCGAGCUGAGAGUCACACAGUCGGACGCGGAAAGAGCACGCGAGGAGGCGGCCGCCCUGCAGGAGAAGCUGGAGAAGAGCCAGGGCGAGGUGUACCGACUCAAGGCCAAGCUGGAGAACGCCCAGGGUGAGCAGGAGAGUCUGCGCCAGGAGCUGGAGAAGGCGCAGAGCGGCGUCUCUCGCAUCCACGCCGAUCGCGAUCGGGCCUUCUCCGAGGUGGAAAAGAUCAAGGAGGAGAUGGAGCGCACCCAGGCCACGCUGGGCAAGUCGCAGCUGCAGCACGAGAAGCUGCAGAACUCGCUGGACAAGGCCCAGAACGAGGUCGACCAUCUGCAGGAUAAGCUGGACAAGGCCAGCACGGAGAACCGCCGCCUGGUGCUCGAGAAGGAGAAGCUCACCUACGACUACGACAAUCUGCAGUCGCAGCUGGACAAGGCGCUGGGCCAGGCGGCCAGGAUGCAGAAGGAGCGCGAGACCCUCUCCUUGGACACGGAUCGCAUUCGCGAGAAGCUCGAGAAGACGCAGGUGCAACUGGGUCGCAUACAGAAGGAGCGGGAUCAGUUCUCCGACGAGCUGGAAACGCUCAAGGAGCGCUCGGAGUCGGCACAAACCCUGUUGAUGAAGGCCGCCCGCGACCGGGAGGCGAUGCAAACGGAUCUGGAGGUCCUCAAGGAGCGCUACGAGAAGUCACAUGCCAUCCAGCAGAAACUCCAGAUGGAGCGCGACGAUGCGGUCACCGAGGUGGAGAUCCUGAAGGAGAAGCUGGACAAGGCACUGUACGCCAGCCAGAAGCUGAUCGACGAGAAGGACACGUCCAACAAGGAGUUCGAAAAGAUGCUGGAGAAGUACGAUCGCGCCCAGAACGAGAUCUAUCGGCUGCAGUCGCGCUGCGAUACGGCCGAAGCGGAUAGAGCCCGCCUGGAGGUGGAGGCGGAGCGAUCCGGCCUGGCAGCCAGCAAGGCUCGCGAGGAUCUGCGCAAGCUGCAGGACGAGAGCACACGGCUGCAGGAGGCCUGCGAUCGGGCGGCGCUCCAGUUGAGCCGCGCCAAGGAGUGCGAGGACAAUGCGCGCAGCGAGCUGGAGCACAGUCGCGAUCGCUUCGACAAGCUGCAGACGGACAUACGGCGGGCGCAGGGCGAGAAGGAGCACUUCCAGUCCGAGCUGGAGCGGGUCACCUACGAGCUGGAGCGGGCACAUGCCGCCCAAACGAAGGCGGGCGCCAGCGUGGAGGCGGCCAAGGAGGAGGCGGCCCACUAUGCCGUGGAGCUGGAGAAGAUGCGCGACCGCUACGAGAAGAGCCAGGUGGAGCUGCGCAAACUGCAGGACACAGACACCUUUGGCCGGGAGACGCGACGCCUCAAGGAGGAGAACGAGCGGCUGCGCGAGAAGCUGGACAAGACGCUCAUGGAGCUGGAGACCAUUCGCGGCAAAUCGCAGUACGAGUCGGAGUCGUUCGAGAAGUACAAGGACAAGUACGAGAAGAUCGAGAUGGAGGUGCAGAAUAUGGAGUCGAAGCUGCACGAGACCAGCCUGCAGCUGGAGCUGUCGAAGGGCGAGGUGGCCAAAAUGCUGGCCAACCAGGACAAGCAGCGAUCCGAGCUGGAACGGGCGCACAUCGAGCGGGAGAAGGCCAGGGAUAAGCAUGAGAAGCUACUGAAGGAGGUCGAUCGUUUGCGCCUGCAACAGUCCUCGGUGAGCCCCGGCGAUCCGGUCCGAGCGUCGACGUCCUCCUCUUCCGCUCUGUCCGCUGGCGAGCGGCAGGAGAUCGACCGCCUGCGGGAUCGCCUGGAAAAGGCGCUGCAGUCGCGUGACGCCACCGAGCUGGAGGCCGGUCGCUUGGCCAAGGAACUGGAGAAGGCGCAAAUGCAUCUGGCCAAGCAGCAGGAGAACACCGAGUCCACGCGCAUCGAGUUCGAGCGCAUGGGCGCUGAGCUGGGUCGCCUGCACGAUCGCCUCGAGAAGGCCGAGGCUGAACGGGAGGCACUGCGUCAGGCAAGCCGGAGCGGCGGAGCAGGCGCUGCCGCCCAUCCGCAGCUGGAGAAGCACGUCCAGAAGCUGGAGUCGGAUGUCAAGCAGCUGGCCAUGGAGCGGGAGCAGCUGGUACUGCAGCUGGAGAAGAGCCAGGAGAUCCUCAUGAACUUCCAGAAGGAGCUCCAGAACGCAGAGGCCGAGCUGCAGAAGACGCGCGAGGAGAACCGCAAGCUGCGCAACGGCCACCAGCUGCCGCCUGCCGCCGCUCCACCCGCCGGAGCCACUCCCGCCGAGAUCCAAGCCAUGCAGAAGGAGAUCCAGACCCUCCAGCAGAAGCUGCAGGAGUCGGAGCGCGCCCUGCAGGCCGCCGGUCCCCAGCAGGCCCAGGCUGCAGCGGCGGCGGGAGCGAGUCGCGAGGAGAUCGAGCAGUGGCGCAAGGUCAUCGAGCAGGAGAAGGGUCGCGCCGACAUGGCGGACAAGGCCGCCCAGGAGAUGCACAAGCGCAUUCAGCUUAUGGACCAACACAUCAAGGAUCAGCACGCCCAGAUGCAAAAGAUGCAGCAGCAGAUGCAGCAGCAGCAGCAGCAGGCGGCGCAGCAGCAGCAGCAGGCGGCGCAGCAGCAGCAGUCCGCAGCAAGUGCCGGCGGAGCGGACGCCAAAGAGCUGGAGAAGGUCAGGGGCGAACUGCAGGCGGCGUGCACCGAACGGGAUCGCUUCCAGCAGCAGCUGGAGCUGCUGGUCACCGAGCUGGAGAAGAGCAAGAUGUCCAACCAGGAGCAGACAAAACAGCUCCAAGCGGCACAGCAGCAAGUGCAGCAGCUGCAGCAGCAGGUACAACAGUUGCAGCAGCAGAUGCAGCAACUGCAGCAGGCUGCCAGUGCGGGCGCAGGCGCCACCGACGUGCAGCGCCAGCAGCUGGAGCAGCAGCAGAAGCAGCUGGAGGAGGUGCGCAAGCAGAUCGACAACCAGGCCAAGGCCACCGAGGGCGAGCGCAAGAUCAUCGACGAGCAGCGCAAGCAGAUCGACGCCAAGCGCAAGGACAUCGAGGACAAGGAGAAGAAGAUGGCCGACUUCGACGUCCAACUGCGCAAGCGCAAGGAGCAGAUGGACCAGCUGGAGAAGUCACUCCAGACGCAAGGAGGCGGAGCGGCGGCCGCCGGCGAGCUGAACAAGAAGCUCAUGGACACGCAGCGGCAGCUGGAGGCCUGCGUCAAGGAGCUGCAGAAUACAAAGGAGGAGCACAAGAAGGCGGCAACCGAGACGGAGCGCUUGCUGCAACUGGUACAAAUGUCGCAGGAGGAGCAGAACGCCAAGGAGAAGACCAUCAUGGAUUUGCAACAAGCCUUAAAGAUCGCUCAAGCCAAAGUCAAACAAGCACAAACGCAGCAGCAGCAACAGCAGGAUGCUGGGCCAGCUGGCUUCUUGAAGAGCUUUUUCUAAACAGUGCCCUCGCAAAGCCACAGAUACACACAUCUAGUGAUGCAGAUGAGGCAAAAGGAUUUUACCCGUACUAUUUACCCAAAGCGAUAAUGGAAAACCAAAAACAACAGCAAGAAGUUACCAAAGCACUGUCUACUAUUUUGUAUACUACCGAUGCCGAUACCAAUACCAACUAUGCAGUAUUUCUACGACUCUCACACACACACACACACACUGAAACACAAAAGGGACACACACAUUUGUAAAUGACACUAUGUAAAUGCAAUGCGAAAUGCAAAUUAUUUGAUAUUUAUGUGUACUGUGUAAUUAGGUUGCCGCUAUACUCAAAUUGUGGAUGCAUUUAAAAGUCAGCUCGUAUAGCGUACUUUGUAAACUCUCUCUUAACUCUCUCUCUCUAACUCACUAACUCAAUCCUUUUCGAACUCAAAAUCGAACUCAACUUAAAGUUUAUCGUUAGCCAAAACACCAAGUCCUUCUUAGCCCAAUUAACCCAACUUGAGAGUCCUUCUGUCCGUCACUUUCUCUCUGUCGCUCGUAGCUGCAGCACGUAGACUACGUCCUCGGGCACUGCAUCCCCAUCCCAACCCCAUACCCAUGUCCAUACCCAUACCCAUAUCCAUGCCCAUCAGCCCUACAGAAUUUGUGUAAGACCCACCCAUUAGUUUUCCCACUGCGCGGAUGUUAUGGCAUUGAAAUUGAAACGCGAAGAAAGGCAGAGCAGCAAUUGCAUUAAUUGUGCACCUACAAUUAUCGACGAUAUAUAGAUAUAUGUAUGCUAGCCUCUGUUAUAGUUAGUCAAACAUGAGCCUCCAUCCCAUACGCCCAUCAAACGCACUGUAUAUAAGACAUUCCCAUCGGACUCAUGGCGGAAAAGCAUAGAGAUACAGAUACAGAUACGGAUACGGAUACAAUACGUAGAGCAAUAAAUGAUAGACCACAGAUUAUACAAGUAUGAUAUAGAUACGAGUACCAUAUGUAAAAUUAUUGCGAUUAUAAAAUUAUAUUGCCUAGCCUUUAGCCGUGUAC